AUGUCGAAUUUAUCCAAACUUGAGUUUGUGGCAUUAGAUAUUUCUGGAAAGAAUUAUCUUUCAUGGGUACUCGAUGCUGAGAUUCACUUGGCUGCUAAAGGUCUUGAUGCCACUAUUACUCAGGGAAAUGAAGCAUCGAGUCAAGAUAAGGGGAGAUAUGACCACCUAAAGGCAACAGUGUUGCCAAGAGCUCGUUAUGAGUGGAUGCAUUUACGGUUUCAAGAUUUUAAGACCGUAAUUGAAUACAACUCUGUUGUAUUCAAGAUAACCUCCCAGUUGAAAUUAUGUGGGGAGACUAUAAAAGAUGAGGACAUGUUGGAAAAGACACUUACUACUUUCCAUGCCUCAAAUGUGAUAUUGCAGCAGCAAUAUCGUGAAAAGGGUUUUCAGAAAUAUUUUGAACUAAUCUCAUGUCUUUUGGUGGCUGAGCAACAUAAUGCUCUUUUAAUGAAAAAUCAUGAAGCUCGUCCCACUGGAGCUGCUCCAUUACUGGAGGCAAAUGUGGGGGGAGCACGUGAUCAAUCUGAAGUAAAAAGAGAUGAUCAUCGGGGCUAUAAUAAUGCACGAGGACGUGACAAAGAUAAGAGACGAUGCACUAAUCGUCGAGGUGGUGGUCAUAAUAAAAGGGAGAACAACAUGAGUUCUCAAAAUAACCCCUCAAAAAGCUCUAUCAAAAUUCCUUUAAAAAGAAUGGAAAUAAAAUUGGUGCUUCCUCUUCCAAAUGCUCGAGCUGAGUCACAUAUGACUCUUAAACAUGAUGAUAAGCCGGGAACAUCUCAGAAAUAUGAUAAGGAUGUUGAAGCAAAUUUGGCUUUAAAGGAUGAUGUUUUUGAUGGCCUUGGUGACAUUACUCAUAUGGAAGUUGAUGACUUCUUUGGAGAUCGAAACUGA